UAAUUUUCAAAAGAACAAAAUCUGGAACUGAUCCAAGGAGCAGCCAACCAGCCAGUGGCCGUGACGUUGCAGAGUUUAAAGGGGGUAGAUGAGACCGAUCGGACAUUGAGCAGACGAGAGGGGGCUCCAUUCGCUGCUCGGGAUCUGGAGCGCUGGUUUUCUUGGAGGAGAUUGCUAAAAAUAUGCUGCUGGCUUCCGCCGUCGUGGUUUGGGAAUGGCUGAACGAACACGGUCGCUGGAGACCCUACAGCCCGGCAGUGAGCCACCACAUCGAGGCGGUGAUCCGAGCCGGGCCGAGAACCGGGGGAAGCGUGGUCCUAGGACAGGUGGACAAUCGCCUCUCGCCGUAUAUCAUCGAUCUGCAAUCUAUGCACCAGUUCCGCCAGGACACUGGCACCAUUCGCCCCGUGCGGCGCAGCUAUUAUGGCCCAUCCUCAGCCCCAGGAAAGGGCGUGGUUUGGGAGUGGGAGAAUGACAAUGGCACCUGGACACCGUAUGACAUGGAGGUGGGUAUCACCAUCCAGCAUGCCUUUGAGAAACAGCAUCCCUGGAUCGAUCUCACUUCCAUUGGCUUUUGUUACAUCAUCGACUUCAGCACGAUGGGGCAGAUUAACCGCCAGACGCAGCGCAAACGCCGUGUCCGCCGCCGCCUUGACAUGGUCUACCCAAUGGUCACUGGUACUUUGCCAAAAUCCCAGUCAUGGCCAGCAAGCCCCGGUGUGGCCAGCACACCGCCUCCUCCCGCCUGCACUUGUCCGCAGUGCCUCCUUGUGAUGAGCAUCAAGGCAACAGUCGCGGCAGGCAGCAAUGGAGGGACUGGAGCUACUGCAAGCCAGCAGCAGCUCCAGCAGCAGCAGCAGCAGCAGCUACAACCAUCUCCACUGUCCCGCAAAGCCAUCUCCCUUGCCGGUAGUACCAAACUCCCCACCCCAGCAUCUGUUCACAAGCCCCAGGAUGGAACAACCACGAUGCGCAGCUCCUUGAAGACGCUGGCAUCUCAGGUGGCCCGGAGGCAGGCGGCCAGCACACCAGCCCUCACCACCACCAGCUCCCCUGCCAGCCCUCCCAGUGCCAAUGGCAAGGCAACUCGGGCCAGCCUUAAUACACUGAACCGGACCAACCUGCAGCGUCUGGCCAUUGCACAGUCCCGUGUGCUGAUUGCCUCAGGGGUCCCUACAGUUCCAGUGAAAAACCUCAAUGGCUCUAGUCCAGUUAACCCAGCACUGGCAGGAAUCACAGGGAUCCUUAUGAGUGCUGCAGGGCUGCCUGUGUGCCUCACGCGACCCCCAAAGCUGGUUCUGCAUCCCCCUCCAGUCAGCAAGAGCGAGAUCAAAUCCAUCCCGGGGAUCUCCAAUACUUGCCGCAAGACCACCAAAAAACAGACUAAGAAAGGUAAAACCCCUGAGGAGGUAUUGAAAAAAUACUUGCAGAAGGUGCGCCAUCCUCCAGAUGAGGACUGUACUAUCUGCAUGGAACGCCUCUCUGCUCCUUCAGGCUACAAGGGGCCUCAGCCAGCCAUCAAGCCAGAUCUGGUGGGCAAGCUCUCCAAGUGUGGCCACAUGUAUCACCUCCACUGCCUUGUGGCCAUGUACAACAAUGGGAACAAGGAUGGGAGUUUACAAUGUCCAACCUGCAAAACCAUCUAUGGGGUAAAGACUGGCACCCAACCUCCUGGAAAGAUGGAGUAUCACCUAAUUCCUCAUUCAUUGCCUGGACACUUUGACUGUAAAACCAUCCGAAUAAUCUACAACAUCCCACCAGGGAUCCAGGGGCCAGAGCACCCAAAUCCUGGGAAGAGCUUCACUGCCCGAGGAUUCCCUCGUCAUUGUUACCUCCCAGACAGCGAGAGAGGCAGAAAAGUGCUGAAACUGCUACUGAUAGCCUGGGAUCGGCGGCUGAUCUUUGCCAUUGGAACCUCGAGCACUACUGGCGAGUCAGAUACAGUGAUCUGGAAUGAGAUUCACCACAAGACGGAGUUUGGAUCCAACCUUACUGGCCAUGGCUAUCCUGACCCCAAUUACAUAGACAAUGUGUUGGUGGAGCUGGCGGCUCAAGGCAUUACAGAGGAGAGUGUGGUUCAAGAAAAGGAUUGAGAGUAGGGGGAGGAGAGGGGAAGAGCCUUGCCCUGGGGGUGGAGCUGCCUGUAUAGCCAAGUGCGUGGAUCAAGCUCCCCUCCCCCUUCCACUGUGCCUGCUCUGCCCUCUCCUCCUCCUCUUGCCACAGCCACCAGCUGCCUCUUAAAGGGCCCGGCUCUGCUUAUACAGCAGCAGUAGGGGCUUGCUCGGAUGCUGAAGGGCUGUCCUGUCUCAGGUAGCCCACAGCCCUUGGCUAAUAGGAGCAAACCAACCAACUUGGGUGGUUUCCUCCCAUUGCAUCUUGGGCAUGAGGUGGAGUGUUUGAUGAGGCCUGAGGUUAUAUUAACCUUAGUACCCAUGGCUGCUUUAUGUUUGUAGCUCAGACAUCUGCCCUUGUCCCUCUAGCUGCAGUGCAAUGGCAUUUUUGUGAGAAGAACUUAGGGACCCUCUUUAAAUUCUGUGGAAAAUUUGCUUUGGGGGCAGGCAGCCUUUUAAGGUAUCUCUGGUGGUACCGCUCAGGAGCCUGUUUAAUGGCUCAGUUGCAAAGGCACUGAGGAGUAAAACCAGUCCUGGCCUUUCUUUUUUCUUUGCCCAGCUAGGUGCCUGGUUCCAUGUUGUCAUGUCACUGCUGCUUCCAUGUUGUGGGCGCAAGUCAGAAAUGUGCUGUUUGCUGUUCUGGUCUCCCCCCCAUACCCCCCCCCCCCCCCCCCCGGCACAUUCUGAGGCUGCCUCUUCAGUCUCAUCCCAAGAGAGCUAAAAAGUAGGCCUGCUGAACUGCUAGAAACUGUCCCAGUUCCUUGGGGAAGUAGGCUGGAAAUUCCUUCUCUUUGAUACAUUCCAAACUGGGUCAGCUGCAUGUAAGCCUCCGCAGUCCCAUUCAAAAUGGGCUGAAGUUGAAUAAAUUAAUUGCAGCCGCUAUCUGGAGUUGAACCUCAAGGAGGAGCUGUAAAUCUCUCACUUCCUCAAAACUGAUAUAUUAAGAGUCUGCCCCAUGCUUGCCUUCCAGUAAUGUCAGUUCACUCCAAACCAAGUCGGAACUACUGUGUGCUCCUGUCGCAGGUCUGCUCGACCCAGUGGGCUCCUUGAUGCAAUACUGACUUGGUCACAGUUUAGGUCAGGGGUCUCUGUCUUACUGCAUUUAGUUGUUUCCAGGCCAAUACAGAGCCACGUACCCUGUUCUCUUUUUCUGUUUGUGGAUUGCAUCCCAGGGGGUUGUUUUAUGUCUGAUCUGUUUGUGUUGUGGGUUAGAGUGAGUGGAGGUGGUGGUGGUGAGAGAGAGAGAGAGAUGUUCUGGUUUUGCCCCACACAUUCCAAGGUGGGUUCUUUGAACUGUCUGUAUGGGGGAGUCCCCUGGAUACUGAUUUGAAUUUAUUUACCUCAUGUUUUGGGGGUUUGUCAUAUAUGUGUAUAUACUUAUAUAUAUAUUUGCAAUAUAUGAGAAAGAGACUUUGAGGCUAGGAUACUGUAUCACAAAGGUACUUAAGUUAGACCUGGAAGCUAAGAACUGUUUUAGCUGCAGUUUGCCCUAGUUUAGAGGGAAAGACUGGCAGCCAUUUUGAAAUGGUUGUACCAGUGCCACAUUAGGUCCAUGUCUACCCCUGCCACCCUGAGAAUCUCAGUCAAUGCCCUGGCUUUCUAAAGAGCUUAACAACCCAUGUGGAAUCUCUAGGACUGGCUUGGGUGAGAAGAUAAAGAGAGGAUACAGGGUUGGAGGGAAGGCAUGUCAGAAAAGAAAGAAGCAUGUUUGUUGAGGUGGCUGCCUGCAUGCUUGUCCAGGUUGGUGGGGGAAGGGUGUGUAUGUGUGUGUGUGAAUGAGUGGAGGUCUCCAGAGAAUCACACGGGUUGUUAAGAUUCUGGGGUGCCUGCGUCUGUCCAGCUCAACCUCCUCCUCCUCUUCCUCCUCAGUGGCUCUUCAAGAGGAUUAAACAACCAGUGUGCCUGCUUCCUCUUGGAAACAGAAAUGUGUUUCAGAGUCACUGUCUGUAGGCCCUUGUGGAGAAGCUAAAACCAUGUCCUAUUUGCAUAUUCCCUAGCUGUGUGAUCCCUAAGAGUGAGUUCUUCUGUUUUUACCUCAGUAACCGCUUAAGGACAGUAACAAAGGGCCAGUGGAUAUCACCAGCUUGAAAGUGCCCAGGCUUCCAUCAUCCUUAAGAAUGUGUCCUUGGAUCAAUUUUAACCAGACAUUCCCCAGUUAGAUUCACAGUCACAUGUAUCUUCCCCCUUCUAGACUUGAUCUGACUGAGUGGUUAACAAUAAAUUGCAACAAAAGUCAUUUCUGCAAUCUUAAGCAGAGCCAGGUUUCUUCCCCUGACAUUAAGCAGCCAUGACAUUCCCUCAAAUGUGACUUAGCUUCCAGGAUGGGGUACAGGUUGUGACGGAUAACCUCCUGGCCAAUGUCUUCUCCCAGCUGAAGGGGGCUUAUUUGCCCUCUCCUUAACUUUCCUUUGGUUGAUUUAUGUCUUUCCUUAACUCUCCAGCUGUUGAUAUUUUUAUACUUCCUAGAGAAGGACCAGCCUGAUGUGAUGCUGGCAUGGGGAUGAUGGGCAGGGUGUCUUCUCCAGUGCUCAUUGUGUCCCACAGCAGGUUGUGUGGGUGCUGGUAGUGGUUUUGGGUGGGGGGGUGGUUAGGUGGGAGGGAAGCUAUGCUGUAUAUUGUUUGUUUGUUGUUCGUGAACGGUGCGUUUUGCCCGUCUCGAGUUUGUUGCAUUGCGUGAGGAUGACACCCCUUGGGGUGUAACAAUAAAAGGAAAACUCCACUGCCAGAUUGAA